CGUAUACCCUGCUGUGCUCUACUGUGCUAGUUUCACAACUUGGUAUUACUUUGACUCCUAUACUGUACUAUCCGCGGUUCCUCGAUUCAUUUUCGUCGCUUCAGAAAAUGUUAACAACGGACUCUGGGCGCUUGGAAAGCCAACCGCUACUAUCCAAGCCUCUUCAUGUAGCGACCAGUUCGCCUUGGUUGUACCCGUUCAAGGGAAUGUAUUGUUUCAUGACACACUCGUUCCUUUGGCCUGUCCUGCGAGCUCGCUCGCUUCCGUGCUUCAUCCUUUCGCUUGCCGUCUACACCUUUCUAUUCCUCGUCGCCUACCUCCCACAAGUCGCCUUCUUUGCGAUAUUCUACGGACGGGCACUUGCUUGGGUGAACGCUGCAUUCCUGGUCCUCGGCGAAGGCGCGGCCAUAGUCGCUCUUCUGUUUGAGGCCUUCUUCGUGGACGAGAGCUUGGCCGACAUAUUCGACGCUGUGCUCAUUCAUGAAGGGCUAGAGGAUCUAGUGGCGCGUGGUCGCGACAUCAUCCCGGACGGCGUGGACCCAGUCAAGAAGCUUGGCAAGUCCCGGAUAUCGCACGUCUACAGCCCGUUCUCCUUCCGUCAGAUCUGCGAGUUCAUUGUGCUCCUUCCUUUGACCCUCGCGCCCGUUAUCGGCACGCCGUUGUUUUUGAUCUUCACGGGCUACCGCGCGGGUCCGUUGCAACAUUGGCGGUACUUCAAGCUCCUGGGACUCACGAAGGCAGAGCAGAAGCAAGCAAUCAAGCGGAGGCAGAGGAAGUAUACAUGGUUCGGCACCGUGCAUCUAGCUCUCCAGCUUAUACCUGGACUAAGCAUGUUGUUCCUGCUCACGACUGCUGCUGGAUCGGCGAUGUGGGCCGCGAAGAUAGAGAAGAAGCGAAGACUUGAGGCUGAGAUUGCCCAUAGUAUCGCCGUCGGUCUAAGUCGAGGAAGGAUAAAUGGCGGGACAUGAACUGAAUACUCUGCCUCAUGGGAUCACAGAUCCCCGGGUUCGACUCAGUCGGCCCCGCUUCCCGCAGCGCGCUCUCAAUUCUCGACUGUAAGUACGGCGUAUCACACAGGAGCUUGGACUUGACGCUUUGACC